AUGUCCGACAUGAUGCUCCAGUACCAAGCCGUCAAGCAAGGCGGCCCCUUCGCUCUCGCCACGGUUCCGAAACCCAAGCCCGAACCGACUGAUGUCUGCAUUCGUAUCAAGGCCGUGGCACUCAACCCCCUGGACUACAAGAUGUUGACUCGCGGAGAGAUGAUCAGAUCUUGGCCUGCAGUCUUUGGUCUCGACGGCGCCGGUAUCGUCGAGGAAAUUGGUGACGAGGUCACUGACUUCAAGCCGGGUCAAGAGGUCUUUGCCCUCUGCGGCAUCGGCGGCAAGACAGCUGGCUUCCAAGAAGUCGUCACUGUGCCUCAGCAUUUCGUAUCUCAGAAACCUGCAUCGCUCACUUUUGAGCAAGUUGUGUCUCUGCCCAUCUGUUAUCUAACCGCCGCGGCCGCCAUUCUCGUUGGUCUCCAUGUGCCAAUUCCUCAUAUCUCGUCAAGAGCACCUGGCGAGUCCGUCUCUCCACCUGGAAGCAUCCUUGUUCUUGGCGGUGGCUCAGCCGUUGGAGGAGCUGCCAUCCAGAUGCUUCGGUUUGCCCUCCCCCACGCAACCAUUCUGGCCACGGCCUCUCUCGAGCAUUCGGAACGCCUCAAAUCUCUGGGCGUCACUGAAACCAUUGAUCGAAGAUCAUCUUCGCUCGUGUCUGACGUCACGGGAGCAGUUCCAGGGGGUGUGGACGCAAUCCUCGACUGUGUUACCGCCGCUGCAGAAGACCCCAACCUCUUUAAGACAUUGGAUAACAAUGGCCCGAGCCUAUACUCGCAGGUAUUCACCGGAGUCAAGGUUUCCGCUCCCGAGGGUAUCAAUCAGGCCGUGGUUUUCGGGCGCAACGUCUUUGAGGCUCCCAGGGGAAAGGGGGCAAUGGCAGGUCUCGGUAAACUUUUGGAGGAGGGAACCUACAAGCUCCCUGUCCCCAUUAAGGUCAUUGGCAAGGGAUGGGAUGCAGUUGGUGCCGGGUUACUUGACUUUGAGGCCCGCAGCAGCGGAGAGAAGCUCAUUGUAAGCCUGUGA